GGCGACGAGCAGACCAUCACUCCAUCACUCCCUUUCCACCUACCUUGACAUCGUAUGCCAUCUAUACUUUCACCAAUGCUUCCAUGGAUGGGCUCCAAUCUUUCUGAGCCUACCAUGACACCCCAUCGGGCCCCGGAAGCCCAACGGCGGCCCCGCUCGCCUGAGAUCAUUGACGUCGACCUCCUCGAUGACGAAGACGUCGCCCCUAGAAGGAGCACAACCCGCCCAUCCAGCCCACGAAGGCGGAGAGUAAACGAGGAAGGCAGGAGUAGAGGUGUCUCGAGGAAUGGCUCGGCGCUUCCCGAUGAUGCGGACGUGGUCAUUCUCGACGACGGCGGGGACUCAGACGACGAUGUACAGUUUAUGGGAAUGUCUUUCAAUCCACAGCGACAGCGCCAACAACAAAGGAUCCCCCGUCGAACCAUCUUCUCUCCUCCACCUCCCAACUCACGUGGCUCCGUCCCACCCGUACCGCCCGUCCCAGCCCAUUUCCGGCGACGGGACAUCCAGCCUCCGAUGCGCCGCCAUCCGCCACCCUUCCCCAAUGACGUGAUCGUCGCACACGACGACCCUCUUCCCUUUGAAGCCAACAUCCGUGCUCCCGCCCCGAACAGUAAUGCCGGCAGGGCCCCGGCCGCUGCACCGCGGUCGCACCACACCCCGACGAUGGGUCUCGGUGGCGCACUUAUUGCUCGCGAGAGGCACGAGCGUUAUCGCCCCGAGCCUGCAGGCGUCGAGCAAGAGGACAUGCCGCGCAACGCCCUGCUCCGCGUCGGCCCGCGCGUGCAACCGGGAUGGGGCUAUGACGAUCGAGCGUUCGCCAUUGGCGGCCCGUGGGGACGCCACGCGGACCCACUCUUUGGCUUCGGCUCGGACGAUGAGGAUGAUCCUGAUUGGGACCCAGAGGACGUAGGCGGAGCGGAUAGAUUCUUUCCUCAGGCGAUGGGCGACAUCGACGCGCUUGCAGCGCAUGACGCCGCCAACUCGUUUGGAGGAUGGGAUAGACCCCGCUGGGGUGGAUGGGGAUGGCCUGGUGUCUGGGGAGGAGGCGCCGGGCUGUUUGGAGGUCGGGAGAGGGCGAGGGAGAAGGAGCCCGAGUAUCUCCCGGAGUACACGCACCCCAAGCGGUUACCUGCAGCAUUUACGGCGGAUUUUGCGCCGCCUUCGCCUGAGGAGGUUAAGCCGGACGUCAUCGUGGUCCGUGACUCGUCGCAUUCGCCUCGGAUAUCUCGGGCCCGGCCGGGAGCGAGUGCGAGCUCAAGCGCGCAGAAGCUCGAGGAGGAGGCUCCAAUUGCAGGCGGCAUGACACUCGUGUGCCCUCGAUGUCGCGACCCGCUUGCGCUUGGGAGCGCGGACACGGGCGCGAAGCGUGAGCGGAGUAGGCUCUGGGGCCUGCGUUGCGGUCAUUUGCUCGAUGGCAAGUGCGUCGACGAGCUUUCUCACCCUCGGGCACCCACUCCUCCCCCAUCUGCGACCCCGCCUGUGAUCGUUCGCCCUGAUCCGAAGGGCAAAGGCAAGGCAAAGGCCACUGACACCGAUAUGGCGAACACGUUCGACGCCUCCACGUCGGUGCGCAUGCCUGGAGCGUUUACCUACAACGAUGCGCCGCCGCCGCCGUACAUCCACGACCCUUACGAAUCCAAUCCCAUUCGCUCCCGCCUGCGCUCUCAUAACUCACACCCCCACUUUGGACCCGGUGCAUCAUCUUCGUCACAACCUUCAAUCCCCGGUCCUAUCCCCGCACCACAUCAAUAUCCGUCCGUCCCCUCCACGCCCACAUCACGCCGCACUGCCCAACACCCCACUGAGCCCCCGGUCCGGGCCUCGACGCGGCGUGGGCGCACGCGUCCUGGACCCGGUCGCGGCCGCGGUGGCAAGGGAAAAGGCAAAGCGAAAGGUCCGGUCGUCGAGGCUGAGCACAGCUGGUGCUGCCCCGUUGCUGGGUGUGGGCGCGAGCAUCUCUCGCUCAAGAUCGAUGGGCGGUGGGUGCCCGAUGUGCGGAGGGGAGCUAUUGGCGUUUACGUCUAGUGGAUAUUGCGCUUCGUCGGUCGCCGUGCUCGAUCGUUUUUUUGCUCGGCGUUUUUUUAAAAUGUUUUCCUCGCAUGGUAUCAUAUUGCAUACAGCAGACAGAUACGGUUCCGCACGCCUUUUUGGGAGACGCGACGCUUGGACAUCUCCGAAAUAAUAGAAUGUGCUUG